AUGGGUAGCAAGGAAGCCCCAACCUGGCUGGACAAGCUCGAGGAGCAGCUCAAUGUCGAUGUCGACUGGAUGGACCCCGAAUACAUCAAGAAUAUGCCCAUAAAGCCGCACGACCAAACGAGCAACCAGCUGUGGGUAGACAUCCAACUCGGCCAUCCUUCCAACGCUGAUCUCCUAGUUGAGACGGCGAAGGAGCUCAAGGAUAAAGGCUGGUUGGCGAUCUAUACUAGAAUGGCGGUUUUGAUGUGCAAAAAGAAUAUCGAUCUGAUCCAAGGCCGUGUCCUGCUUCAAACCCUCCCCUCCAAGGCAUACGACAUGCAGGCGACUCUCGACCACGCCCGACUAUAUGACCAGGAGUUUGCGAGAGCCAACAUUGGCCGAGACAGAUACUGCAUCAAGAUCCCGUCCACUGGACCAGCCUUGAAUGCGGCCAAGAUUCUGAGUGCCGAGGGCAUUCCAACCCUCGGAACGGCAUUGUUUGGUCUUCCGCAGGCCAUUGCCUGCAGUCAGGCAGGCAUGCUAUACAUCAGCCCAUAUUUCAAUGAAACCCGAGCCCAUGACGAUCUAUCUCUCUGGCCCGACGUCGAAGACCCCGCCACCCAACAUCCCAUGAGCGCCCGAGUCUUUCAAAUCCUCGAAACAUACAGACGACUGUACAAAGAGACUGGGAAAGAGCAGCCACUUCUCAAGAAUGCAAGCUUCAUCUCUGCCAAAGAGGCCAUGGCGGCGGGUGAAUUGGGCUGCCACUCGGCCACAAUCUCCCAUACCGUUUUGAACCAGCUUGCGAAGCUCAAGUAUGAUGGAACUAAGCAGCCCGGUGAAGGCACGCCCAAGCCCGUCCAUGUGUACAAAAACCCUCCCCCAACCCCUGAAAGGCUUCGCAAGCUCGCCAAUGUCGACCCUCUUGCCGCCGCGGAGUGGGAUGGCAAGCUGGCCAGCACUGACAUUGACUACCUCGCCAACGGCGGAGAAGAGCUGGCCAAAGCGAUUGCUGCUGACCCCAUCACCAAAGAAAGAUUGGCGAUCGCUCUUGAGCUCUUUACAGGAGGCGAGAACAGCAGCAAGGACAAGAUUGACGCGGCAGUUCAGGCCCUGUGA